AUGCGCCCCAUUAUCCUUGUCGCCCUCGCCGCAUGCGCCACUGCCUGUCAGCGUGACUUCAUCUCGUCCCCCCACACUCACCGUAAACGUUUGGCAAAACGUAACGACGCCUGGCCACCCGUUCUGACCGAACACGAGACCAUCCUCGUUAACUGCUUCGACAAUGUCUCCAUUGAUGCGUGGUCGUACUACUACGGCAGGCAGAACAAGCUCGCUGGCUUCGGCAGGGAAGCAGCCCAGUGGACUGCGGACCGGUGGGCAGAGAACGGCGUCGUAAGCGAGCUAAAAGAGUACCAUGUCUACUUACGUUAUCCCGUCAGCGCGUCGCUGCACUUUACCAGCGCCGAUGGUGAGACGGAGGAGGUUAAGCUUCGGGAGGACGUCCUGGAGGAGGAUGAAGUGACGGGGUGGGAUGAGAUUUCGCAGCAGACGUGGUUGGGGUAUUCGCCGAGCGGACGGGCUGAGGCGGAAUACGUAUACGUCGGCCGCGGCUCUAUCGCCGACUUUCAAGCUGUCGUAGACAAGGGUGUGAAAAUAAAGGGCAAAAUAGCCCUCAUCCGCUACGGUGGCCUGUUUCGCGGCCUCAAAGUCAAAAACGCCCAGGACUUUGGCGCCAUCGCGGCCGUCAUCUUCAUAGACCCCAUUGACGAUGGCGAGAUCACCACCGCGAAUGGUUACGCGGCCUACCCCGAUGGCCCGGCACGCAACCCUUCAUCAGUGCAAAAGGGCUCGACGCUCUUCCUGUCGACGUCCCCUGGCGAUCCCACGACACCAGGAUAUCCCUCUCAUGAGGGUGCACCUCGGGCUGACUCAUCGAAUGUCCUUCCGCAAAUCCCGUCGCUGCCUCUCUCGUACGAGGCUGCUGAGCCUCUCCUGCAAGCGCUCAAUGGCCACGGGGUAUCCGGGGAAGCCGUGAACCGUACUGGUUGGAUUGGAGGGUUGGACGCGAGGUAUUUCACUGGCCCAGCGCCGGGAGCGAAGCUUACUUUGGACGUCAAGUCGCGUGAUGCGAUUGCUCCCAUUCAUAACGUCAUUGGCUGGAUCAACGGCACCAACGCCGACGAGACCAUCGUCAUCGGCAACCACCGUGACACGUGGAUGAUCGGUGGCAACGCAGAUCCCAACUCUGGCUCCGCCGUGCUCGUCGAAUUCACGCGCGCCAUAAACAAGCUGCGCGCUACCGGCUGGCAGCCAAAGCGCAACAUCGUGCUAGCGUCAUGGGACGCCGAGGAGUGGGGUCUCAUCGGCUCUGUCGAGUGGGUCGAGGAGCAUACUAACUGGCUCACCGAGACAGCUGUUGCCUAUCUUAACGUUGACGUAGCGGUAGCCGGCCCUCAUCAAGGCCUCUCCGCGACACCAGAGCUUCACGGCGUGGCGCUAGACACGUUCAAAAAGGUCAUCCACCCGAACUUCGGAGCGUAUAACAUCUCGCUCUACGAUUCGUGGUACGAUAUUUCCGGUGGCGUCAUUGGAAUUCUUGGCUCCGGGUCGGACUUCACGGGCUUUCUGCAUCGCGGCGUUGGAUCGCUCGACAUCAGCAGCUACGGGGGCCCCAAGGAUCCCAUCUGGCACUAUCACUCCAACUACGAUACGUACCAUUGGAUGGCGACGUGGGGGGACCCAGGGUUCCAUGUACAUGCAGCGCAGGGUCAAUUUCUCGCGCUGCUGGCUUAUCAUCUUGCAUCCGACGACAUCCUACCUAUCGACGUUCAGAACUAUGCCGUUGAGCUACGUGCGUACUACGACGACCUCGUCGAGUUUUUGGCGGAGGAAAAUGCAGAUGUCGACCUCUCCGAGCUGGAUACGGCUAUCGAGCUGUUCAAGCGCAGCGCCGACACGGUUAAGGCGCUCGAGCGUCAAGCUGUCGAGACUGGGGACGAGGAGCUGAAGACGGUUGUGAACCACAGGUAUCGUGAUUUCCAGAGAGGCUUCGUCUCGCAGGGAGGAUUGCCGAGUCGCGAGUUUUACAGACAUGUUGUGACCGCUCCGGGGUUGGAUACGGGGUAUGCAGCAGUGACGUUUCCGGGGAUCACGGAGGGGGUGCAGUAUGCUGUAGGCGGGGACCUGAGCGUCGCAAGGGAGUGGGUGAAAAGGACGGCCAAGGGGAUCGUAGUCGCCGCGCGGAUUCUGGCGACUUAA